AUGUCUGUCAAAAGAAAUGACGACUGUUGGCAAGGUGUUAAAUUAGCUCGCAUUGAAAUUCCCGAAUUCGAUGAGAACCCUAAAGAUUGGCCGCUAUUUUUCGCGACUUUUAAAAACGCUGUACAUUUGAACUCAUCUCUUUCUCUCACUGAAAAAAUGUUUUAUCUUGCUAGUAAAUUAAAAAACAAAGCUAAAAAUGUUUAUGCCGGUUUCAUUCCAUGCGCUGAGAAUUACGAAACUAUUUACAAAGCGCUCGUGUCAAAAUAUGAAGACAAAAGGAACCUAGCAGACCCGCACUUUAAUAAACCCGCUGAAAUAGACAUUCUGCUUGGCGCCGAAGUAUUCAUGCAGAUCUUAAGACCUACAAAGCUACUAGGUCCGCCUGGAAAACCUGAUUUAUUGGAAACCGCAUUUGGAUACAUACUCUUAGGGUCGAUCGCUUCGCUCCCUUGUCACAAUAAUACCGCGCCUUGUGAUAACGAUCACGCCUUUUUAUCGUCGAGUAACGACUCGAUCGAAACUUUAAUCUCGAAGUUCUGGGAGUUGGAGUCAGUUCCGACUAAAACACACAUGUCUAAAGCCGAACAGGAAUGUGAGGAUUUUUAUGAUUUAAAUACAUACCGCGAUAACACAACUGGACGUUACGUCACCGCUUUGCCUUUCUUGAGGUCGCCUACCGCUCUGGGCGAUUCUCUUACAACCGCACGUCGCUGUCUGUCGUCACUCGAACGCAGAUUUAAGACAAAUAUCGCUUUAAAAACUGAAUACGAUGCCGCGAUGAGAGACUAUCUCGAACGGAACAUCAUUUCACCCGCACCCGCUCUUACUGAUACGAAUUAUUACGUCAUCCCUCACCACGGUAUAAGCCGAGAAGACAAACCGCUCCGCAUUGUACUGAACGCAACUGCACGAUGCAUAGAUACAAACGUUUCAUUGAACGAUUGUUUACAUUCCGGUCCUAAUUUGCAAGCAGACUUAACCGCGAUUAUUUUAAAAUUCAGACUGUUUCCGAUUGCUUUAACCGCCGACAUCAAACAAAUGUUUUUGGCUAUAGGCAUUCGUGAGGAAGACCGCCGCUUUUUGAAUAUACUAUACAAAUUUGACGAAGAUGAUACUGCGAAAAUGUAUCAUUUUAAUCGCGUUUGUUUUGGUCUACGGUGCUCGCCGUACCUUGCUAUGAAGACAGUUAAGCGUCUCGCCCGCGAUGAAACUGAUUUCCCGAUCGCUUCAGAAAUCGCUAGUGAUCAUCUUUAUAUGGAUGAUCUAGGAGUUUCGGUAGAUACGCCCGAGAAUGGAAUUCAGUUGGCUCAUGAUUUAAUCGAACUAUUCAAACGUGGUGGUUUCGACUUAGUUAAAUUCGUUAGCAAUUCGCCCGAGGUGUUAAAAUCGAUUCCGCAAGCCAACCGCUUAUCUUCAAAAAUUGAAUUCGACAAGCAGGAUAAUAUGAAGCUCCUAGGUAUAAUCUGGUCACCGGUCGAGGAUGAAUUUUCAAUCGCUAUUAAAUUCAACCCGCAAGCAAAAUGUACAAAGCGCCUUAUGCUUUCCACAAUCGCUAAACUGUGGGACAUAAACGGAUUUUGUGCCCCUGUCAUUUUACACGCAAAAUUGUUAAUAAAAGCUCUCUGGGUAGCUCAGAUUGAUUGGGAUGCAGAGCCCCCAAGCGACAUCUGUGCUGCAUGGAAACGCUUUCUUAAUGAACUCCCCGCUCUGCAAGACUUUAAAAUACCUCGCUUCGUAGGCAUCGUGCCCGAGUCCCGUGUCAUACUACUGGGAUUUGCGGACGCUUCUGAAAAAGCGAUGGGUGCUUCUGUGUACAUUUGUGUACAACCGGCUUCCGGACCAAAUGAAGUCAAUUUAAUUGGUGCCAAAAGCAAGGUCGCGCCGCUCAAGGUUAUUUCCUUAGCCCGCCUAGAGCUUUGUGCUGCUGUAUUAUUAUCGAAACUGUUUCGAUUUGUUAUCGACACUGUUUCUCCCCGCUGUCAUGUUGACGAAAUUUUCGCGUUUACUGAUUCGACAGUGACCCUCCAUUGGGUUCACUCGUCUCCGCAUCGCUUUGAUACUUUCAUUGCGAACCGCAUCGCACAAAUACAGAACAACCUUGACCCCAAACACUUCUACCAUUGUGAAGGUACGCAGAAUCCCAGCGACUGCUUGAGUCGUGGUCUCACACCCGCUCAAUUAUUGAAUCACCCGCUGUGGCUCUAUGGCCCUACAUGGGCUCGUGAUAACGUCCAUACAUGGCCCAUCAACCGCUUCACGUUUGAUCCCGGAGAACCGAAACCUUUAACGCCUUCGCAUUUUUUAACUCUCGGACCGCUAGACUCCUUUCAUUCUGAUCCGCGUUUAGAUUCGGUAGAUUUAGUUCGCAAUAAACGACUUGUCGAUGACAUUGUUCAGAGAUUCUGGAAUCGCUGGAAGCGUGAGUACCUAAACACGCUUCAAACACGCGCUAAAUGGAACACCAAAUCUAAUCCGGUGACUAAAGGUACUGUUGUCCUUCUUAAAACAGAAAACUCACCGCCUUUACAAUGGACAAUGGGCAUAAUUGAAGAAAUAAUGCCUGCCUCGGACGGGGUCGUUAGAGUAGUCAGAGUGCGCACACAAAACGGCACCUAUCUUCGACCUGUAGUAAAACUUUGUGUUUUACCUUCCCAAUAA